CUUUGUCACCGUAUGAUAAACAUUUGUGCAUUUCGCUUUUUCUAGAAGAAAAUUACCUCAAUAAACAAAUUUGUAAUUUUAAGUAAAAAUUUGAAAUAAAUUGUGUUACAUCGUUAAUAAUAUUAAAAAAUGUUACGUUGCUACAAUCGAGGAUGUGGCCAAGAAUAUGAGCCAGAAAACAACAAAGAUGAUUCUUGCCGUCAUCAUCCUGGCGAACCUUUUUUCCAUGAUGCUUACAAAGGCUGGUCUUGUUGUAAUAAGAAAUCGGUAGAUUUUACAGAAUUUUUAAGCAUAAAGGGUUGCACACUUUCAAAACACUCAAAUAUCAAACCACCAGAACCCGAAAAACCAAAAACGGAAAACAAAGAUGAAGUAGUAGUAUGUAGAGCGCCUAUUAAAGAAUCAAUGGAAAGACCACCUGUUGACACUGCCAUGACUGAAAUAAAAGCAACUGUGGCACCGGCUUUAAAAGAUUUAAUAGAUAAUUUGGUGGCGAAAGAUCCAGUUUUAAAUGAUUCCUCAAAAUCAGGUGAAAUUGCUAUUGGAACCUCUUGUAAAAACUCUGGCUGCACUUACUCCUAUACCGGCACAACUUCCGAUAAUGGUGAAUGUCAGUAUCACAGUGGUGUACCCAUUUUUCACGAAGGCAUGAAAUAUUGGUCUUGUUGUCAGCGUAAAACUUCCGACUUUGCUGUGUUCAUGGCUCAAAAAGGUUGUGUUUAUGGUCAACAUAAAUACAUUAAAGAGGACGAUGAUAAGAGGGUGGUACAAUGUCGCUAUGAUUGGCAUCAAACGGCCAAAGAUGUUAUUGUAUCAAUCUAUGCUAAAAAAUAUCAUUAUGCCCAAAGUACAGUUGAAGUAAAUCCUGUACGUCUACAUUGCAUAUUGGUGUUCCCAGAUCAAGAAAAUGCUAAAUUUGAAAUUGAUUUAGAAUUGAGAGGUAUCAUAGAUGUAAACAAUACUAAGGUCCAUAUGUUUGGCACUAAAGUAGAGAUUACCAUGCCUAAAGCUGAACCAUGUUCAUGGGCAAAAUUAGAUUUCCCAAGGGAAAAAUUACCCCCACCAGUUAAAGCCGGUCAACAACCAACAAGAACAAAAACUGUUUCGGUCAACGAGUCCGAUGAUGAUGGCUUCAAUUUGGAUGAUAUUGAGGCGGUAAAUGCUGGUAUACAGCUGUCCGAACUUGCCUCCGCUAAAAAUGAUUUAGAUUAAAUUUGUUAACCGCAUAAAUAUUAAUGUUAUCCCAACUACAUGUUUCAUUUCAAAAAGCCCACUAUAUUAGUAUUUUUUCUCAUACAAUUUCUUAACAAACUACCAAAAACAAAUUAAAUUUCUCUUUUUAUAAAAAAAAUAUAGACAAAAAUAUGCUUAAAAAUUCAA